AUGGUAAUAUGGGCAGCUUUGAAACAACGGUUUUCUACAAGUGAUGACACACAAGUUCAUCAACUACGUGCGGAGUUAGCCGCCUGCCGACAAGAAGGCCAAACUGUUGAAGAAUACUUUGGGAAGCUCAAAGUAUAUUGGGAUGAUCUGUCUGAUUUUGAAGCAGCUUUCACUUGUAGUCGUGGUAAUGAUCGCUGCUCCUCCAUGACCAAAUACUGUAAGAUUCAAGACAAGACGUUCAUUCAUCAGUUUCUUAUGGGACUCAACAACAGCAGAUUUGGAACAGCCAGAUCCAACCUUCUUAGCCGACUUGGUGAGCUAACUCUUGAGAGUGUGUAUUCUCAUAUGAAGCAAGAAGAGACCCAUCUCAAUACUACUCAACGAACACAUGAUAAAAGCAGCGUUAUUGGCUUCUCGGCAACAGCGGCUGCAAUCACCAAAUUAAAUACCUCAAUGACAUGUACUCAUUGUGGUAGAACAGGACACGAGAAACAACAAUGCUUCAAGCUCGUUGGUUACCAAGGAUGGUGGGGAGAACAGCUAACUCUCGGACGAGGAAACUCAUGUCGUGGUCGAGGUUCUGUUCGAGGACGAAACAAAGGAGGAAAUCAAGUAGGCUUGUUAGGAUCACACCCUGCAAGUUCGCACACCACUGAGGCCUCCACCUCCACCGCAAGUGAUUCUGGAAUCCUAAAUCUCACUCAAAGCCAGUGGAACUCAAUCACUAACUUCAUGACUAGCAAGAAGCAAAACAACACCGACAAAAUCUCUUUUUCUCAAUUGUUGGAUGCAAUUACAAGUUAUGUGAUAUUUACGAAGCGUUUUUGUGCGAUACAGGACCAAGCUUCGAGGACUUUGAUUGGUGCGGGUGAGAAGAGCAAUGGGGUUUAUCACUUGACUGGUGCGGUUGUUCAUCAGGCUCAUCGUGUUGGUCGUAGUGGUGUCGCGCCUUGUGGCACAGGGGUUUGGAAAGAUUUACUUCUCGAAAAAUCUGAAGUAGCAGACGUUCUCAAGAACUUCAUUGCUUUCGUUCAUCGUCAAUUCAACAAACACGUCAAGAUCAUUCGUUCUGACAAUGGAACAGAAUUUAUUUGUCUUUGCAAGUUCUUUGAUUCUCAAGAAUUAAUUCAUCAGACAUCUUGUGUUGUUACCCCUCAACAAAAUGGUCGUGUUGAACGCAAACAUCGUCAUAUACUAAAUGUCGCGAGGUCUUUGUUGCUUGAAGCCAAGCUCCCUGCACGGUUUUGGGGAGAAAGUUUUUGA